UUGACUUGUCAGAUCUUCAUUUGAGACGCAGAUAGAGAAGAAGGAGACUUCACAUUCGGCGACUCUUCUGUCCCACUUCUCAGUCACCAUGUCCUACACGGCCGGCUCAUACGCGGCCAAGACGUACGCGGACAAAUCGUACGCCGGCAAGUCGUAUGCCGAGAGCGCUUACACGGGCUACGAUGAUGCGGUCAAGUCGGCAUACGAAGAGCAGCUUCUGAAGGAAAAGAAGAAACGUAAAGAGCAGAUGCACUGCGAAGUCGUGGCUCUCGUGAUUGGAUUCAUCGGUCUGAUCGGUGUCUCGGCCGUCACCGGUCUCCCCAUGUGGAAGGUGACGGCGUUCAUCCAGGAGAACAUCAUAGUCAUGGAGACGCGCUGGGAAGGUUUAUGGAUGAACUGUUACCGCCAGGCCAACAUCCGCAUGCAGUGCAAAGUGUACGACUCGCUGCUCUACCUGCCUGCCGAGCUCCAGGCUGCCCGAGGCCUCAUGUGCACCGCUGUGGCUUUGACCACCAUCGCCUGUAUCGUCUCAACCAUCGGGAUGAGGUGCACUCGGCUCGUGGAUUCGCGGCCCCGUGUCAAACACGUCGUCCUGGUGUGCGGUGGAUGUCUAUUUAUAGGAGGAUGUAUAGCCACCAUCAUUCCUGUCUCCUGGACGGCUCACGUCAUCAUCCGGGAUUUUUACAACCCCCUGCUGAUUGACGCGCAGCGGCGGGAGCUCGGCGAGGCACUCUACAUCGGCUGGGUCAGCUCGGCGGUGUGUUUCAUAGCUGGAGUGAUACUUCUUUGCCGCCACGCACCGAGAAUAGAAGAGAAAGAAGACAUUAGCUCUGUGUUGUACCGAGCACAGUACACUCCGUACAACAACAGCUACCAACCCGGAUAUACCUACCAGCCGGCCUACAACUACCAACCUGCAUAUGCCUACCAACCGCCGCCUGGUACCUACGUACCGUCCAAUUACUAAAGAGUCGAAAAAGUAGGAAUGAAAUUUUCUAUAGCUGUUUAGACAUAGACAUUCUGAAUCUGUUACAUUUGAUUUUGUUGUCAUUGUUUAAAUCUUUGUUUUGUAUCAUAUUUUUUAUGUAAAAAGAUUUUUGUCAAUAGACUUGACUUUGCCUAAUGGACCCAACUGUAGCAGCGAGCUCUCUGUGAUUGUUUUAGUUGAAAAAUAUUUAGCACUAGUUGUACAAAUUAAACAAGAUGUCAUCCGGGAAGAUUAGUCAUGUGACCUACUAUGGACAUUGAACACACACACACACACACACACACACACACACACACUAUUAAAUAAA